UUGCAUAACCGAAGCGACUCAAUCUAUGCCCAGUUGUAGUCCCGGGAUGUCUACAAGGAACCAUUAUCAGGACAACUUUCGCUAUCAUCACAAAAAAGCCAGACAAUAUUGACCUAAGUUCUGUUCAACCACAGUUACCACUACAACUAGCCUACUUGACAACUUCUACGUGUUGCCUCUUCUUUUCGUCCCCCCAUUCCUUAUCGAAGAUGGAUAAAUAUUUCAUCGUCACCCGUGCCACGGCUCGUAAAGGCUUUCCCCGCGGUUGCAUCGGUCGAAUGGAGGCAGAGACGCAGACCGGGGAGAUUGUCGGCCUCAUCUUCGGCAGCGGCGGUGGGGUCACCAAAAGAGGUGGCCUUCUGCAGCGCGAGGAGACGUACCCCCUCACGCGCCACCAGGCGCAGCUCCUUCUCUUCGUGUCACCGGCCAGCCGCCGACUGGAGGUCCUCUGUAAUCAAGCUCUCUUCAAGGCCAUCUGCGAUCUGGCACAAGACGACUUGGUCGUGGUGCGCCACAAGAAGGGUUUUCAACCUUGUCUGGUGAAGAACCUGAUGCAAAUUGGACGCAAGGAUGGUUCGGAUGACCUCACCAUGUUGGGAUUUGAACUGCAAAGUGUGUCCACACAGAGCGCAGACCAGAAGGUGUCUUCCAAGAAGCCCGCACCGCUGCCAGUCUUCUGUGCCGCUGACAUCAUACAGGUGGCAGCAGACUACAACUCACCUGCCAGGUUGCCUUUGAGGGAUAAUCACACCAUUGGUACCAGCAGGAAAACAGUGUCGCGCGUCAACUCUUUGCCAUCCAAAAUAGGCCUCCUGAAGAAGGCGUUAUCGGAGCAGAACACCCCGGAUAUUAAUCGCCUGUCUGAGCACCCUACGCCCCCUCCCCCCGCACUAGAGGUGGGCUCCAUGGUGGAGCUGACCUCCAAUAAGAACGUCAUUCUGUACGGAGUCAUCCGGUGGAUCGGCGUGCCCACAGGAAAGAAAGGAGAUUGGGCCGGGAUUGAGCUAGACAUUGACGUUGGCACCUGCACAGAUGGCACUUUCCUGGGCCAGCGCUACUUUACCUGCAAGGGGAACAGGGCCGCGUUCGUGCCCCUGGAGACGUGUGUGCCUGAUGGGCGCUUCCACGCCCCCUCCCCCACAGACAUGGUCAAGGCCCCUCUCCCCCCCACAGUUGCUCGUGUUGAGGAAGAGGAGGAAGAUGAAGAACAGGAUGCUGCUCCGCUGUCUGAGUCCGAGGUCCUCACGGUGCUUCAUGGCAAAAUGAAGGGUAUCCAAGGUCAUUUCAACUCCUGCUAUAUGGAUGCUACACUCUUCAGUCUUUUCAGCUCGUCGGUGGCCGUGGACAGGCUGUGUCUGAGCUCAGUCUCUACAGAGGGAAGCAUCUGCAGGCAGAUGAGGAAGGAUAUUGUCAACCGGCUGCGCAGGAAUGGCUUUGUCCCGGCAGAGAACGUGAUGAACUUCCGCAAGCAGCUGGGAUGCAGCACGUUUGUCACAGAGGAGAAAGAUCCCGAGGAGUUCAUCGGUGUACUCCUUCAGCGUGUUCUGCGUAUGCAACCGCUAAUAAAACUCAGGUCGAAUAGGGAUUCGGGGACGUUCCAGGAUGCCUACACGUAUCAGAUCAUCCUGGAGAAGAAGGAGACGGGACCAUGCCCCUCCGUCCAGCAGCUGCUGGAGACCUCCUUCAUCUCCUGCCAACUCAAGUUUGAGGAGGCCCCAUCGUGUCUCAUGGUGCAGAUGCCCAGAUUUGGGAAGAAUUUCAAGAUGUUCCCCUGCAUCAUCCCCUCCACAGAGCUGGAUAUCACAGAUCUCUUGCAUCAAUGCCCCAGGGAGUGUUUCAUCUGUGGGCAGCUGGCUCAGUUUGAGUGUGACCAAUGCUUCAGAGAUCGCAAGCUCCAGCCGGGCAGAAUCAAGCAAUACUGCAGCACUUGCAACACACAGGUUCAUUCCCACCCUUCACGGCAAGGUCACACUCCGCGCAACACAUCGCUACUUGCUGAGGUCAGCACGACGGGCCCAGUACCCAGGACCAAGAUGGAGCUGUUUGCCGUGCUGUGCAUCAACACCAGCCACUACGUGUCCUUUGUCAAGUACGGCCCCGGGCCUCGAUCCUGGAUGUUCUUUGACAGCAUGGCUGAUCGCUGCGGCGAUGACCACACCGGUUACAACAUUCCGGAGGUGAGAGCGUGCCCUGAGGUCGGGGACUUCCUGUCUCGGCCGGCGGAGGAGCUGGCGCACGUCGAUCUGUCCCAGGCCAGCGAGAUGGUGCGCAGGCUGCUGAGUGACUCCUUCAUGUGCCUGUAUCAGUGCACCAGAUAGACCAAGGUUCUCAAUCUUUUUUUUAACAAACGUCCCUCACCUCAUCACAAGCCCCCC